AUGUCUGAUUUGCCAGAAUUCGUGACUCAGGCAGAGAUUGAAGAGGAAAGAAAACGACGUCAGGAAGAAUGGGAAAAAGUUCGCCAACCGGGUCAACCGAAAGAAGCGCCGGAUCCGGACUAUGACCCGCGCCCGUUAUACGUGCGACUCAAGGAACAGCGGGACAAAGAGCAAAUGGAAUACGAAGAGGCGCACCGAUUCAAACACAUAGUGCGCGAGCUGGACAGCGAGGAGCUGAGUUUCUUAAACUUCGUCGACCACCUGAAAGCUGAGGAGGAGAAAAAGAUCCGAGACGAGGAGACAGAGCUGAUCAAGGAGGUGAACGAGACGAUGGUUUCAUCUGGCCUAGAGGUACCACCGAUGAUAACGCUGCCGACCCCCUUGCUUUCGACGACGACGAAGCCCAUCGCGAAGCCCAAGACAUCCUGCUCCAAACAGGCACAGCUGAUCGCUGGCGCCAUCAAGAGAAAACAUUACGCAAGUGAAGCCACUACUUCCUCAGCCAGUACUUCUUCAGCAUCGACAACGAAGCGACAGAAAACGUCAGGUUCGUACAAAUUCAAGGACUACCGUAUUUUUGAUGGCAGUGACGAUCAAAUGGUACCGUUCCCUGAUCCCGGUAAUCGCGAUGACAGCCGUGGUCAUGUUACAGCGGAAGCAAAGGAAAGUAUACCGAAGAAUUCAGCCGCGAUGAUCUGUGGCAUUCGUCCAUCAGCGAUGCAAGUCGUGGCCCGCUUGCCUGGCAUCGAUGGCAAUUACUCCCGCAGUGACAGCAGCUGCAGUAGCGAUUCGGAUUCGGACGAGUACGAGUUCCUUAAUUAUCAGUCCAUGGAACUGGCGGCAAUACGACGUGUUAACGGCGGCGGCGGCGGUGGCAGCAGCGUUGGCGGCGGUGGCAGUGAGACUUCCAGUACGCAGACGGCGGUAUCGUCCCAACUGUCUUUUGCUGAUUCAGAAACGACGUGA